GAAGAGGUUGCAAUCACAGCCAUCUCUUAUAAAACAUUUUUGCAUUGUGGCUAGCUUUCUUCAGAUUCUGUUCCCGAACUAUAUAUUCUCUCAUAAAUUCAUAAUAAUCUUUCAAUAUUUUUGGGGUUUCUUUACCAUCCACAAAUGUCUCCAACAAAACAUGGCCACAGGUUCUUCAAAUUCAGAAUUAAUUCCAUCACUUUCUUAUGUAAGAAUUAAUUAUCCCGUAUAAUUCUUAAUUUUGAGUGAUAGAUGAAUCUAUCCAAUUACGUAAGUAUUUUUUGCUUGCACUGCCCACUAUCCCGGUUCGCAAACAGUAGCAUUUGCUUUUCCAACCUCAAGAAAACUAGACAGCAACAUUUUCCGUCACAAUAUGCCAUAAUAUUCUCUAGUCAAUUCUAAGGCCAAGCCACUAUUUUUUUUUGUUUUUUUUUUUGUUUUCACUCCAAAUGGUUGCCAAGAAGUACGACUUAUUUUCAAAUGGGGUUAUAGAGAUGGAUUGGAUCAUGCUAAGGAUAUACUGCUCAAGACUCUUCUGGCUUCUCUUUCGUGUUUUCUCUUAUGAAAACCAUGAAGGAAAGCCUCGGAUUUAGGGCACAUCGAUUUUUUGCUUAAAAUUAGUUAGCUAGCUAUAUCUUCCCACGUACGUCAAAAAAUCAUUAGUCUCAUCCUUUUCUUCUUUUUAUUUCCAUAAAGUUUCCAAAAGUUUUGGCUACAGCAUAAGGAUGUAUAGAAAGCAAGGUCAAGACGUGCAUACUUUCGAUGAAACCAAAGGUGAUCAUGGCUAUGCUGAAACUGAUCCUACAGGCCGGUAUGGUCGGUUUGAAGAAGUUCUUGGCAAAGGAGCAAUGAAAACAGUGUACAAGGCCAUAGAUGAAUUCCUAGGAAUAGAGGUGGCAUGGAACCGGGUCAAACUCAAUCAGGUACUUUGCUCACCAGAUGAUUUGCAGAGGCUUUACUCAGAAGUUCAUCUGCUCAGCACCCUCAAUCAUGACUCCAUCAUCAAAUUUUACACCUCUUGGAUUGAUGUUCGUCGAAAGACUUUUAACUUCAUCACUGAAAUGUUCACUUCAGGAACUCUUAGAGAAUACCGCAAAAAAUAUAACCGUGUGAACAUCCGAGCUAUCAAGAAAUGGGCUCGACAAAUCUUGGAGGGCAUCGUGUAUCUACAUGGCCAUGAUCCUCCAGUCAUUCAUCGAGACCUAAAAUGUGACAACAUCUUUGUCAAUGGCCAUCUCGGACAAGUCAAGAUUGGUGAUCUAGGUCUUGCGGCAAUUCUUCGGGGUUCCCAAUCAGCACACAGUGUCAUAGGAACUCCGGAAUUCAUGGCACCAGAACUAUAUGAGGAGAAUUAUAAUGAACUAGUUGAUGUCUACUCGUUUGGCAUGUGUGUGUUAGAGAUGCUCACAAGCGAAUACCCUUAUAGUGAAUGCACUAAUCCAGCACAAAUUUACAAGAAAGUCACAUCGGGGAAGUUACCAGCAGUGUUCCACCGGAUUCAAGACUUGGAAGCUCAGCGGUUUAUUGCAAAAUGCUUAGUAACUGCUUCAAAGAGAUUGUCAGCGAAAGAGCUACUGCUUGAUCCGUUUCUUGGAUCUGAUGAAGCUGAACUGUCACAUGUUCCAAGGUUCAGAAAACAGAAGCCAUUUCUGAAUGACAGGGAAAUGGAGAAACUGCAGCUGAAUGAUCAUCCCCCAAGGACAGACAUGACGAUCACAGGGAAGUUGAACCCUGAAGACGAUACCAUCUUUCUAAAAGUGCAAAUUGCUAAUGAAGAUGGAACUCUUAGGAACAUAUUCUUUCCUUUCGACAUUUUACAUGAUACACCAAUCGAUGUUGCAAUGGAGAUGGUCAAGGAGCUUGAGAUAGAUGAUUGGGAACCAUUUGAAAUUGCUGAUAUGAUUGACGGGGAGAUUUCAGCUCUGGUGCCGAAUUGGAAGAAAUGGGACUUACCUCAUAUUGAAUCCCACCAUACAUUUGACUACCAAGAAGAUGAUGGGCAUAAUCAUCCUUUCCACUCCUCCUCCUCAUGUUCAUCAUCCCCUGCAUCCCUAUCAGGAUUAAUGCCACAUUUGCUCCAAGAUGAUUUGUUUGAUGAUACCAGCUCUCAAAGCUCUUCACACUCGGGAUCAUAUUCUUGCUUGAACUACGUAUCUGGCGACGAGCACAAGUUUGAUUUAAGCUCAACAAGGAGAGAUAAACAUCUGAUCACAAAGACUCAAAAUUCAACAAGAUUCUGUCCUCAGGAAAAUUCAAAUUCUAAUAUUGGGCAGGUACUUGCUACAAACGCCUACAAUCACUGCAAGGGUUUGCUAGAAUCACAAACUAGAGCCUCAAGCUCUAAAAGCAAAAGGAUGAUGGACAGUCGUAGAUUAACAAGGAACCGGUCACUGGUAGAUAUUCGUAGCCAGCUACUACACCGAUCAUUAGUGGAAGAAGUGCACAAGAGACGAUUGUCCAAGACAGUAGGAGAUGUAGAAGAUGUUGGUUUUCAGAAACCUACUGAGGUUUGCAAAAAGACAUCACAACGGACUUCGAGCAGAAGAACUUGAAAAUUAGCCUUUGUGUAUAUCACAGAUGAAUAAGAGAGUUGAUGAUCUUGUUCCUGCAGAAUGGAGCUAUCAAGAAAAUGCUUCAAGUACCAGCUAGAUUACCCCUUACGCGGUAACUGUACAAACAACUAAAUGAGGAAGCUUUGUCGGGCACCAAUGUCAGUUAGUAGGGAAAAUUCCCAGGUGAAAGGUAGAGUGCUAGAUACAUAGUCAGUGUAAAUAUGUACUGACAUGUUUUGUGCUGUGUGAAACUAGCUGUAUUUGCAAUAUAAUUAUGACUGCUUUCUUUUACUUGCAGCCAUGGGCAAACAUUAUGCAUUUAUAUUCGAAGUUCUUCUUUUCACGAA